AUGUCGGCGCCGCCGAGCUACGAAGACCUCGCCAAGGUGGUGAGGGACUACUUGAUUAAGGGUAGCGACGUGACUGGAUGGCACCUGGAUGCGAAAGAGGACGGAGUACCCAAUCGCCUUAACGCGUACCCCUUUGCUAGCCCUAACGCCAUUGGCGUCCACCUUUUCUACGAAUGCCCAGAUUGUCACACGACGUUCAAGUCGAGGGUGUCCGCUGCUUUCAAGUCGUGGCGGGAGUACCUCCCCACCAUCAUCUAUCAGACAAAACUGAAUGACGUGUCAGAGAAGAUCGAGGUGGACGCUGCUGCAGCUACAGUAAAGGUGGCAGCCAAGCAUCCCGUCUUUAACGCGAGCUGCAAGACGUCGCUACUCGACGGAUUUGCCACGAAUGCAAACGUGGCGACGCGUGUGUCGAAUCAGCUUUUCGCGGGUGCGUCGCUGCAGUACGACCCCAAGCGAAGUGGAGUGCGCGACUUCACCGCCAUCAUGGUUCGCUACGCGUGCCCGAAUAUCCGCAACGGCGAUCUGCUUGGCAAGUACAGUCUGCAGAACGGCUUCUCAGUACAUCUGCGCGUUCCGUUACAUACUUACAUAGAUGCUGCCGUUGUGGCAGAACGGAGGUGCUUCAUUGCCGGUGUGCAAGGCUGCUCGCCAUGCGGUGCUCGCAUCAUGCUCAACGCCAAUGUAUCAGAUGGCACGUACACCGCGACAGCAAUACGAAACCUGAACGACAUAUGGAAAGUGACGGCGACGCUGACGGCUCCGUUUGCUUCUGGGGAGGGUUGUGCUGCGCCGCGCUUUGGUCUGAAGUUCACCAAUAUGAACGCCAGUGAGUAA